AUGUCAACUGACCAGAUCGUUCUGAUCACAGGCGACAACUGUCGCAAGUCUAAAUGCAAGUGUACUCGAGCACCCGAUGCCAAUGGGGUUAUCCCCACAGCUGGACCCUGUCAGAAUUGUGUGACCAACGGGGUUGAGUGUACAUUCAAUGGUACUUCUCGUAAAAGAGGUCCGCCAAAAGGUUACAUCGAAGCGAUCGAAUCCAGGCUUCAUCGGAUGGAAGCACUGUUGGGCGGUCUUUUAGAAAAUGAUGAUCCACGCGCUCAAGCCUUAUUCUCGGAAUUGAUCGGUGACAAUGAAGUUAGAGAGUUGUUGACCAGUGACCUCAAAAUAGCUGCUCAACAAGGCACCGAAGGCAAGCCUAGGAAAUCUUGGAAGCCGCCCGACUCGAUAAUUGCCACCAACUCAUCUUCCGACCGUAGGAAGCAACUGAACCUGACCGAUACCCAAAAGGUCCUUUGGGGUGUUAACCGCCUAAGUCAAACUUUUGACUUCAAGGAUCAUCGCUCUCAAGAAUCAAGUCAGCCCAACGGCCAAUCCCCUGAUAUAGAUGAUGAUUCGGAAUGUGAAGACAGUCAACUCGAUCACUCUCCUCCCCCUCCUCCCAACGAUGAUACCAAUCUUCAACAUAAAAACCGCCGGCGUAGACUAGAAUCGAACGUGUCUUCAAAUCACCGCUCAAAAUCUCAAGUUACUACAUUUAAUCAACCUUCUUCAACCACCACCAUUCCUCACACCGGCACGGCCACAUUCACACUCAGUCGUUCUGAACUAUCCACUCUUGGCACAAAUAAAUCACAAUUUACUUUCGAGUGUAACAAAUCUCUACGACCUCCGAAUUCAGAUCUCUCAUCAACCAAACAACACUCUCCGGCCACCAUCAGUGAACUAGCCGAUGUUGUCGGUCAACUCAGCCUGGACGAAAAUGACGAAGUUAGAUAUCACGGUCGAUCGUCGGGCCUUUAUCUAAUUUCAGCUUCUCAAAGAUACAAAGACUUUUUUUGGCAUUUUCCCAAACCUGGCUUUUGGCCUGUUGCACCCAUCCGCCGAUCACCGACCAGUUCCUACAUUCUAGAGUUGGUUAAUCCUCUAGAGCUAUUGCCGAGCCAGCAAACCAUGAAUCAUCUCUUGGACCUCUACUGGGAAUUUGUUCAUCCUAUGAUGCCAAUCCUCUAUAAGCCAGAGUUCAUGGCUCAAUUUCAAAACUUAAUGACCAACCUAGACACCGUGAAACGUGCCCGACCCCAUUGGAGCUUGAAUCAAAUUUGGUGUCAUGCGAUGUGUAAGAAUGUUUCAUCGACUGACGAAAGUUCUAGCGACCCUUCGGAACAUCAAUCACCACCGUCAAUCUACCAGCCAGACCAACAGACAGAACCACCCGUGAGCGGACUCGGACCCACCAAUCGAAUCUCAAUUUUGCUUUUGUUGGUCAUGUUCUCCAUCUCAGCUCGAUACUCGGAUCAGUCUUCAAGUGCGCCCACGGAAGGCCAAUACUGGAAUGCUGGUGACAAUUAUUUGGAAAAAGCCAAGCAAAUGUUGAACUUGGACUACGGCAAUUCCAAGCUCACCAACUGCCAAUCAUUAAUUCUAAUGGCUUACCGAGAAAUCGGCGCUGGUGCAAUGGCCGAAAGCUGGCUGUAUACCGGGAUGGCUAUUAGAAUGGCCCAAGACAUGGGACUGUUCCGAGAUGUUGACAAAUGGUUUAUGCCGGUCAAGAAAUUUACAUACGAAGAUAAACAAAUCAGGAAAAGGGUUUGGUGGGCUUGUGUGAACAUGGAUAAGUAUGUGAGCACGUACAUCGGGCGACCCAUGAUGAUUUUUGAGCGCGAUUAUGAUACCGCGUUUCCUUCGACCGAUGAACCAGACGAGCAUGAGCCAUGGAGUGGAUGUAUGCCCAAAAAAAGCUUAAUGGACCUACCACCCGCCAAUCUCAAUUAUCGAAACGCAGUCCAAGAUCGUCAAGUGAAUGAGCUCGCUGAAGUCGAGGUGGCAGAUCCUAUUGCUGUCGAGGAGCUGUCUUCUCGUGCUGAUUGCCCCUCUCAAGACCCCAAUGUCACCGCCGAACAGAAGAUUCAUACUGUUUCUUGCUUCAAUCGAGCAGCUUCCCUUUCGGUCCUUAUCAGUCGAAUCGUUGCUAACAUCUAUGCGAUCAGGAUUCGAGUGAUUGGUCAAUCGAGUGAAACCUUGUUAUCUCUUCUAGAUCAAAAUCUUGCCCGUUGGUACCUUGACCUACCCGAACAGUUACACUACAAACCUCAAUCAAUUCCUAGCAGGCCGACCAAAGCAGGCGGUAAGAGUCACGAGUCCAACAAGCGGGCUCCCACUCCACACCUUCUUACACUGCAUGCCCAAUUCUAUACUGCCUUGAUACUACUUCAUCGACCUUUCAUACCGGCGUCACGCUCUCAAGACACCCUAGGUAACAAUCCGACCGAUUCUCCACCCGCACACCCGUCUCAUAGCAUUUGCACAACCGCUGCCAACGCAAUUACGAACAUUGCCCAAGCGUAUCACGAGGCUUUUGGCUUGAGGAAGGCACCAGCUUUCCUAGUCUAUUACAUCUUCACAGCUGCGAUAUUACAUGUUAACAACGCGAGGUUGGAAGCCGGCUUGGCUCUAGCCGCUAAGAGUAACUUGCUGAAGUGCAUGAAUAGCUUGAAAGAAAUGGCACCCACUUGGACAGGAGCUGUAAGGGCAUGGGAACUCCUUUCGGGUCUCGUAGAUUUGCGAGAUGUGGACUUUCUAGAAUAUAAGCAGCAACCAAGCAGUCACGAUCCUCCACAGUUUGACACAGGACAACCUAAGAAAGCUAUUUCAGCAGAUCGAGGGCUAAAGAGACCAGCCUCUUCGAGCGAUCUCGAGCAUCAUCUGUUGAAUUCACGCGCUGAUCAGAAACACCUUCACUCUUUCUCAAGCAAAUCAACACUUGGUAACAACAAAUUGCAUUCCACAACUGCCAGUACAGCUCACCAGAACUCGCGUUGGGGUCUUGGCAAGCCAAUGACCCCUUUCAGGAACGGUGCCCAUCAUGUUAACAUGAAACCUGUACGAUCAAUUUCUACAUCGGAUUGGUGUUCAAUGGGUAUGGAUGCUUCCAAAAAGAUAGGUGAAAUAUCCGAAAAUCCCUCAGCCCGUGAACAAGCUCCUAAUCCAACUCCACAAGCCCAGCCGGCAGUGAGGUCCCCCGAUGAAAUGGGAAUGGGAAUAUAUCCAGAGAAAAGUUCCGGUUGCAAAAUCGGGCCAUCCGAAUUUUCAAUUACCGCGGGCAAUCCGACAGUGCUCUCUCCCACUACAGGAGCUAACAACAGCAUGGUCGACUCGAACAAUAGGCCCCCUCGUGAUCUCUUGCAGGGUGAAGGAGAUAGACAGUGUUUACAUGGGCCACCAGCUCUGCCUACUACAGCCAUGGAAGAAAUGAUUGGGUUUUGGGGCUCUAAUCGUAACAUGCAACAACCCUAUCCUCAAACCCCUAGCCACCAGACAUUACAGCAGCAACAGCCACAAUGCCCAUCAAAUGGCAAUCAAGUAUUAAGCCCACUCUUGUUCGAUUUGAGUGGUUUCACUUCCAGUCCGACCGGCAAUCCGCCUUACGGAUCGCUCAAUGAAUAUCAAUCCCCUACUACUACGAUCCAAGGGAUCUUUGGAUUGGGUGGCUCUGGCUCGCAGAAUUUAAGGGGAAUGAACGAUCAAGUACUGGUCGACGAUCAAGAAAAUAGUAUGGUUUAUGAAAACCGAGAAGAUUGCGGAAGAGUGGUUGAAGAGGGGCAACGGCGACGUCAAGGAAUCGGUGGAAGCUUGUCAUUCUCCACCGAACAGACGGCCGAGGAUGGGUCGUUUUCUGAUUUGGGUUUGAAUUGGUUUUCCUCGCCCGUUGAGACGAUCGGCGGAUUCGGAAUCGAUCACCGUUCCAGGACUCUUUUGACUCCCAAUUCUCGGUCUCAUGAUUCUCACCCCCCUCCUUACCACCAACAUCAUGACUCAAUCAGUAGAACCAGUUGUGGUGAACAAGCGUAUAACGCGGUCCAUUUUUAAAUUCGUCUAGUCUAUCAUAUUAAUGUGUUGUGUAAGAUGUUUGCUGUCCUGAAUCAGAUUUUCUUCUGGUAAUUGCUCGACUAGUUUGAUCAAAAGGUAUCUCAAAUUUUUGUAUAAUCAAUUCUUUGUGCAUAUGUGAUUUCCUUUCUACUUGUUCGAACACAAAAACAAACAGACCAAAAAAGCACUCAUCUCAUCCAUCAGAUUAAAAAUAGUUUUGUUUAUUGACACCUCAGUCACCUAUAUAUAAAGAUAAUGAUUAAUCAUUUUUGUGAAA